GCAAAACGAAUCACUCUUAUCCUGUAUUGCAGUCACGGUCUAGAGAUCAAAUGUUCAUGUGAAGGCUCUUAUUGAGUCAACAUUUCAGCGUAUAAUUUGAAGGUGUAGGAGACACAGUAGAAAUGAGGACCUUUCUUUACUUGCUAGUCUCAAUAGUCUCUGUAACGGUGGUUGUGACACAAGCUCGAAAUCCACCAUCCUGCCCCACCCUUCCACGCCCCAAAAAAUGCGGAACAGGAGUUUCUGACCASUGCACUCAAGACUCUGACUGUCCACCAUUCAUAAGAUGUUGUGGGGAUGGAUGYAAUAAAAGAUGCGUCGACACAUCGAGCAAAAUCAAAUUACACCAUAUGCGUUCUAAGUUUGGGGUUUGUGAAAGACCUUCCAUGGAUAAAUGCACAGCAUCAUUUGAUUUGUGUUCUGAUGAUUCGUAUUGCCUUGGUGCAGAAAAGUGUUGUAUGGAUACCGACUGCGGAAAGAAGUGCAUGCURCCACAUUUGCUGCAAGCCAUCAAAAACUCAACAAGGGCCUUUAAUUGUCCGCCUAUAAUACCUAAUGGUCAAAAAUGUCCCAAUAAACCUAAACAUCAGUGCUCCAUGGAUUCUGAAUGUCCUACUUAYACAACAUGCUGCUUUGAUGGAUGUAGAAAGAGAUGUACGGACAGACAAGGCCGAAUKGUGUCCAAUACUCCAGGUUUCUUGUGCCCAAUCCUUCCUCCACCCGUUGCAUGCCAWGUUCCAUACAAAGAAUGCGAGAUUGACUAUGACUGCAGUGUUGGCAUGAAAUGUUGCUCAGAUUCAUGUAACUUCUGGUGUAUGCCAUCUCAUCCUCCACCAGCUGUAGUCACCUUGACUCCUGCCCCGACUCAGGGACCUUUUGUUCGAAACCUACACAAACCAGGGAAAUGUCCAGUCUUACCAAAACCCAAAUCGUGCGAAAAUCAAAUUUUCGAGUGCAACUAUGACGUAGAUUGCUGGAACAGUGACCGGAAGUGYUGUGACAAUGGUUGCGUUACUGUUUGUGUGGUUCCUGUAUCAACGACGACAAGCUAUGACAGGCUAUUAACAGAAAAAUUAACAUCAACGACAUAUAAGCCUUCAACUAAACGACCGACCACUAAGCGACCGACCACAAGGCCACCGACCACUAGACGAACAACAACACUGCAUCCGACCACGCAGCGACCGACUACAGGACCACCGACUACUCGGCAAUCGACUUUGAGRUCGACUUYAGAAACAGUACAAGUUACUUCUCCUAUUGGAACAUCUGUUGAACCAAUUGAGAAGACAAUUGAAAAAUUAAAUCCAACUCCAGGCAGAGAACGGACUAUUACAACAAGAAGACGCAUAAAAGAAACUGUUCUUCCUUGGUUUACUAGUCCUCCUCUGAUUGGUCCCACAUUCCCAUUCAAAGAAGGAAUAAGGAUCACUCCUGUCAGUCAUGAAGCUGUUACUGGUCAAAAUAUUCAAGUAAUAUGUACCAUUAAAGGUGAACCUUUUGAAGGCUGGUACACACCAAAAGGACUUAAGAUAACAGGGGAGCACGAUGGGGGAAUGUACGUUCGAGGGCGUGGCAAUAACUACAUGCUUGUCAUUMACAAAGUGGAAGAGAUGCAUGGUGGGAAGUACACUUGCCGCGGAGCAUUUACUAGUGCUACCUACRAACUCAACGUCAAAUUGUUCAUAGUUGCACCUCUACACAAGCAGUUUCUUCAAGCUGGUUCGACUGGGAUCAUCAAAGUAUCAACCAAAGGCUACCCUCGUCCCCAGUCAAAAUGGCUGAAAGAUGGCUAUUCCAUUAGCACUUUAUCAGGACGAUACAUUGUCAGUCCAAGUGGAUCUCUUAUCAUUAAAAAUGUACAGCCAUCAGACAAAGGGCAGUACUCGAUAAUAGCAAACCAUUAYUACAUGAAGUCCAAUCAAGGACUGUAUUCUUCGAUGGUUGGGAACUCCGACAGGGCUGAUAUUAAUGUACAAGUUAUAAAAGGCAAUUGCCYGAUGCCACCCAAGACACUUCGAUGUGUAAUUGGCCAAAAGGACGAGUGCACAGUUGAUGAUGACUGCACUGGAAGAUCCAUAUGCUGCACCGAUGGAUGUAUACUCAGAUGUAUGCAAACAGGAAAUCAAGACUCUCGCUUCUGCCCUUACCUUCAUCCUCCGCCCAAAUGUUUGUCUACAAUCAAAGAGUGCAGCAGUGAUGAUGAGUGUUCUGCAAACCAGAAAUGCUGCUCCGAUUCUUGUCAUUUUAAGUGCGUUGAAUCACAUGCAUCGAACUCUGAAAUAAUCCCAGGUGUCCAGACGUAUCCAUCCAUCAAGAGUUUCUGUAACCCAAACCAAAGCAUCAGACUUGYUUGUAGAAUUGACAAACARCCAUUCGAAGGAUGGUUUGAUUCAUAUGGGCGUAAAGUAGUACCGGAGACACACGGGACCCGAAUGAUGGUGGAAGACCACACYCAAUACCAAGUAUUGGUCAUAAAGAACGUGACUGCUAAAGAUGGYGGGAUAUACACUUGUCAAGGAGCUUUAGACAGUGGAAAAGUGGAUGUCAGUGUAAACCGAACCAUAGACGACUAUGAACAUCCCAUAAUGCUUUACCCUGGUCAAUCAGGGCUUUUUCUUCAAAACGUCCAAUGCUACCCGCUACCACGYUUCAUCUGGUACAAAAGAGGUAGACCACUCGACUUAUCGUCUAACAGAUACAGUGUUAGUCCAAGUGGCUCGUUGGCAAUYAGACGAAUAAGAUCGACCGAUAUGGGUGUCUAUACUUUAAAAUUCCAAAUGGGAGGUGAAAUGCGUGAUACCGGAGUUAAGGUAGCUGCAGCAGUUGAUGGAGUUGACUUCACAGAAUGGCAAGAUUCCCUGGCACCCGGUGCAACAGUAAGAUGYCAUAAAGAGGCCAUGUACAUCGAUUUGGACAAGAAAGUAUUAACUGGCUACAAAGCGUCUGAGUUAAGUCUUACAAAUAGUUCUUGUCGMGCUACUUCCAACAAGACACAUUUCGUACUUAUGUCUCCUUUGGUUGGAUGUGGUACAGUAGCACAAUUCACMAAGGAAGCCGUUGURUAUAGCAAUGCUGUCCAACAGUAUCGUAAGGAAAACAUGAUAACUCGUAUUCAAGAUAUAAAGAUUCCAUUCAGYUGUUUUUAUACUAAAGAAGGAGUGACAUCAACAUUUGGUUUAUUACCAACAAGGGUACAACCAAGUUUGAACUAGGUAUGUCAUUGUACAGAGACGAGUCGUAUUCGGUAUCAUUUGGAAUGGCUGACUUUCCCUUACGAGUGACAGUCAAUCGACCAUUGUUUGUGCAAGUCACGAUUGACUCCCCUGACAAGAGACUAACGGUAAUGGCGGAGCGUUGCUAUGCAACACCGACUCAGGAUCCACGCCAUGUCAUGCAGUAUGACAUCAUUACUGAUGGGUGCAAGGCCGAUCCAACGGUUCAGUUUUAUAAAGGACCACACACCGUGCAACGUUACAGUUUUAAAGCCUUUCAGUUUCUYGCUAAAGGAAAAUCGUUCGUUUAUCUACAUUGCCAACUUGUAGUAUGUAACGUGUCCGACACCACRUCUCGAUGCGCACAAGGCUGCGUGGAGUCAAAUUUUGGAAGACUGAAACGUCAUGCCGUACCAUCAACUGAAGUGGAAUUAACUCAAGGACCUUUUAUACUUGAAARAAACCGUCCUUCUUCCUUAGCGCAACACUCAGGCUCAUCAUUUAAGGACUAUAUUUGGAUAAUGAUCGGGAUGGCAGGGUUUUGCGUAAUGUGUUUGAUCGCGAUGGUUUACAUGAAGAAACAAAUCAACAGAAACAGCAAACAUCAGCCGCAACCAGAUCCUGAUAGGGAAACAAGUGUCUAGGCCAUGUGACGUGUAGUUUAGUUUCAAAUGCUAAUCUUCAUGCCACUAGCCUUGGAGCUAAAGCAAAAGUUAUGUUCAGUAAUGGUUUCUCUUCUAUAAGGAAAAACGAACAAACAUGACUGAUAAAGACCUAGUUGUUUGUAACCUUUUCAACGUUGGGCUUCCUGUGGCAGCUGGCAGAGGAGGUUCAGUUUAUUUAAAACCGCAAGCAUAUGAAAAGUAUAUUAGAUUAUCCCCUUUUGAUCCUUGUGUGUCUAGGCCGGAUGUGAUGAUUUAAAAUACGCAGCGGAAGCAACAAAAAUAUUGAUAAAACAAAUUCAAAUAAGAUGAAAAAUGGGUCUCRUUUGACACAAAAUAUUGAUUUCGGUUUAUCAGAUGUCAGUUACACGUGCAACUGGGUAGAGCUCUUAUAUCAGCAGGGGGUACGGGACUCCUAUAUAUAGAACGUUGAGGGGUAAAAGUCUGUUUUGUAGGGUGUUUUGAAGAUUUCUAACCCACCAACGUUUAAGCUAAUUAAAGACAAAAUUGAAUGGACAAAACGCUAUUACUGCCCUAAAUAAUAUGCAACCUUUUUCUGAGUGUUUGUACCCUCCUUCUCCCCUCCCCCAUAUCAAGUUUGAGUCCACGAAUGUUUUUGCAUUGAGACACGGUGUAUUUUAAGCGCAACUUUGUAAAUGGGGGGUCCAGGGAAAAAAAUUAUACGGCGUGUUGUUUCAUGAA